GCGCUCUGCGGGCGGGGCCUCGGUAGGGGGCGGGGCCUCGGCCGUCCCGGCGCGGUGCCCGCGGUGCUGCCCGCGCCCCGGCAUGGAGCCCCCGUCCCCGUCCGGCAGCGAGAGCGCCCGCCUGGUCAGCCCGCGCGGCGGCCGCGCCGACGGCAGCCUGCGCCUCAAGAGGCUGUUCGCAGGCUCCCGGGACGCCCCGGCACCGCUGCGCCACGGGGAGGGCGGGCAGGACGCGGUCCUGGAGCCGGGGGGGGGCCCGCAGUGCCCCUGCAGCCCGCCCCCCCCCGGCCCCGGCCCGGAGAGGCUCCAGGCCCGGCGGCAGCUGAGCGUCGCCUGCACCGUGUGCUGCAUCUUCAUGGUUGGAGAGGUGAUAGGCGGGUACCUGGCGCACAGCCUGGCUAUCAUGACGGAUGCAGCCCACCUGCUGACGGACGUGGGCAGCAUGUCCGUGAGCCUCUUCUCGCUCUGGGUCUCCACCCGCCCGCCCACCAAGACCAUGAGUUUUGGCUGGCACCGCUCAGAGACACUGGGUGCGCUGGCCUCCGUCCUCUCCAUCUGGGUUGUCACUGGGGCUCUUGUCUACCUGGCGGCUGCACGCAUCAUCAGCAACGACUACGAGAUUGAGGCACGAGCCAUGCUGGCCACGUCAGCCAGUGCCGUGGGCGUCAACCUGGUCAUGGCCUACAUCCUGCACCAGGCCCCCGCCAUCCACGGCCACAGCGCAGGGGGCUACGAGCAGCUGGAGAGCGCGGGGGGCUGCCUGCCCAGCCAUGCCCCCCUGCCUGGCAGCACCAGCGUCCGUGCGGCCUUUGUCCACGUGGUGGGUGACCUGCUGCAGAGCAUUGGUGUCCUGGUGGCCGCCACCAUCAUCUACUUCAAGCCCCAGUGCAAGAUCGCAGACCCCAUCAGUACGCUCUUCUUCUCGGUCUUCGUCCUUGGCUCCACCCUCACUAUCCUCAGGGAUGUCUUCAGAGUCCUCAUGGAAGGGGCGCCGCGGGGCAUCCAGUUCGACGCAGUGAAGGAGGUGCUGCUGGCAGUGAGCGGGGUGAAGGGCACCCACGACCUGCACGUCUGGGCGCUGACACUGAGCCACCCCGUGGUGUCGGUGCACGUGGCCGUGGAUGCCAGCGCCAACCCUGAGACGGUGCUGCGGGAAGCCACCAGCCAGCUGCAGAGCAAAUUCGGCUUCGUGUCAUGUACAGUGCAGGUGGAGCACUACCAGGAGGAGGCGUUGGGCUGCCCGCACCGCCGGGACCCUGGGGCCUGAGCCCUUCACCUACUGUGGGACUGGGGCACCGCAGGGCGGGUGCAGUGCCUGGAGUCCUGCCUGUGUGCCGCACCGGCUCCACUGCUGCAGACCCCAGCGGCCCCAGCCCUGCUCAGAGCGGGGCACAGCACCCAGUUCUUGCAGCAGUGCUGUGGUGCAUGCCCCCAGGAGCCUCCAGUGCUGCUCUGCCAUGCUAGGGGCCAAGCCUGCCACAGCCCUGGGCAGGGUGACCAUGUGCCAGGCAGGAGCGCUGCCCCAGCCCCAGCCCCCAUGGGCCUGUGCUUGCUGCCAUGUUGGGUGCUCCGUCUGUCCCCUCCCUCCCCGCUGCAUCCACCCAGGAGCAGGGGACAGGGUAGCAAGGGGAUGGAGCUCGCCCCUGAGCUCUGGGUGCCCUGGUUUUGCUCCCAGCUGCAAGGCCCAGGCUGGGGCUGGGUGCUGCCAUGCCUUGGCCUGACCCAUUCCCACCUUUGUGAGUCUGUCUGUUGCACCUGUGGCGUGUCUGUGUCUCAUUGUGCAAGGACUCCAGCCGGUGGCUGCAGAGCUCGUGGCCACCAAUAAAUGUGUCAGAGAGCA